AACCGUUUUCGAGUCACUGCCAAGGACGCACCAAGGCGAACGGCUAGUGCUGUGUGCAGCGAGCGAGCGAACGAGCGUGUCCCUGUCUGCGCUGAGUCUGGAUGAGUCAGGCGUGUCAGGGCGGAAUUGCCGUUUCGUGGUAUCGUUGUGCCCAGGGAUUCUGGUGACACUGCAUGGAAUACGGUGGAUCAUUUUGUGACCAGUAGCGCGAGCGCAAGUGCGAAACACAGUGUCGCAAUGUCUAAAGGUGUUCUUCUUGUGGUCGCUCUAGUAGCGGCAUCAUACGCUAGCGAUUCAGUGCAAAAUGCUGCUGCCUAUUCGGGCGAACAAUCAUUAGAUGACGAUUCCGAGGUGAUUGAAGUUGCCGCCGGUGCUCGAAGCUCACGCCAGAUUUGGGUAUCACCGCGAGCGGCCAACUGGAAGCAAGCACUCGGCGAUGGCAAUCCGUGUCUGACGGCCAAAGGUCACCUCGGGUACUGUACGUCGUUCCGGAAGUGCUAUCCGUACUUCAAGGUACCGGACCUCAACGUUUGGGACUCGUGGGUCCUUGGUAACUACGACACCUGCAGCUACUUUAACGAUGACGGUCGCCAGGCAUUUGGCGUCUGUUGCACUAACCCCAUCACGGCGCUCCCGAUUGAUGGAUCGAACGGAAUUGCCAGUGGUGGUGGUGGUGGUGGUGUGAUGGUGCCCGGUAGCGAGAUACCAAUAACCGGUGGCCCGGCGGCGAAACCACCGAACAAGAACAACAACUACCCGAGCUGGCCACCACCAGUCCCGACGCAUCCACCGGACCACACGCCUGCCACCCAUCCGCCCUCGUUCGGUGGACCAGCGACGACCGUAUCAUCCGUGGUCGCUUCCGAACCUACGCAGCGACCUACGACAACGUGGCCUACGCGUCCUCGGCCACCCCAGGUGCCGAACCAGCCGCCAACGACCGCAGCACCGUCCCCGAUAGGCGCAUGGCCACCGCCCGUACCGACGCAUCCGCCACCGUUCGAUUUCUCGACCGUGGCUACGACGACACCACCGACGGCCUCCUUCCCAGCCGGUGGCAUCGGCUCGAACGAAGGCUGUGGAGUGAAAAAUGGUAAUCCGGAUACGGAACGUAUCGUUGGUGGCCAUAAUGCGGAUCCGAACGAGUGGCCCUGGAUAGCGGCGCUCUUCAACAAUGGACGCCAAUUCUGUGGAGGUUCGCUCAUCGACAGUAUCCACAUCCUGACGGCGGCCCAUUGCGUGGCACACAUGAGCUCCUUCGACGUAGCACGCCUGACGGUGAAGCUCGGUGAUCACAACAUCCGAUCGAACACGGAAAUCCAACACGUGGAACGGCGUGUCAAGCGAUUAGUUCGUCACCGUGGAUUCGAUUCACGGACGCUAUACAACGAUGUGGCUGUCCUUACGAUGGACCAACCGGUUCCGUUCACGAAGCAGGUUCGGGCGAUCUGUUUACCGGGGGCGGAUAACUCGCGAGCCUACAAUGGUCAAACGGCCACCGUUAUUGGUUGGGGAAGCUUGCGCGAAAAUGGACCACAGCCAGCCAUUCUGCAGGAGGUGAACUUACCAAUCUGGACUAACGCUGAAUGUCGCGCCAAGUACGGACCAGCGGCCCCUGGUGGCAUCAUUGAUACUAUGUUAUGUGCCGGCCAAGCGGCCAAGGAUUCAUGUAGUGGUGAUUCCGGUGGACCGCUUAUGGUAAACGAUGGUAAGUGGACGCAGGUUGGCGUCGUCUCGUGGGGUAUCGGGUGCGGCAAAGGACAGUACCCCGGUGUGUAUACCCGCGUGACCGCAUUCCUGCCCUGGAUAACGAAGAACAUUAAGGACGUCUGAGUGAGAGAUUCGGUCUAGUUGCUGCCCCACUUGUUCGCACCUGAAUUGCCAUCAGCCGCCAGUGCAUCCGUAGUACAUAUUUUAAGAUAUCGACCGAUUGCAAACCGCAUUCGGCGUUCUGAAAUCCUCAAUCUUUCAUUUGAACAAUAAAUAGCGUGUGAAUGGAAUGGCAGAAGA